AUGUUUUCACGGCUCUCACAAAUAGCAAGACACCUCUCCCGUCCUCCCCCAAACUACGCCCACAGUUCAGCAGCUGCAGUUUCCAGCUCGGCGCAAAGAAUCAUGACAUCAUCUACUGUUGCAGAUAGGAAUUCAAGGACGAUACACACGGCGGCAUGUCUGAUUAUUGGGGAUGAGGUUUUGGGUGGCAAGACGGUUGAUACGAACUCAGCAUACAUGGCUAAGUUCUGCUUUGGUCUGGGAAUGGCUCUAAAGCGAAUCGAAGUCAUAGCAGAUGAUGAGAGCGAAAUCAUUGAAGCAGUUCAGCGCAUGAGCAACAACUAUGAUUUCGUAGUGACCAGCGGAGGCAUUGGUCCCACUCACGACGAUAUAACCUACCAAUCCAUAGCAAAAGCCUUCUCCCUCCCCCUAAUACUCCACGACGAAGCCUACGCGCGCAUGCAGAAACUCUCCAAGCCACACCCCAACCAACCAAACUUUUCUUGGGAUGAAGACACGCCGCAACGCAAAGCCAAGUUACGUAUGAUCGAGCUGCCCAUCGACGCCUCCGUUCCCCUCGAAAAACAAGUCAUUUUCCCACAAGAGGAUCUAUGGGUUCCGGUUUCGGUUGUCAAUGGCAAUGUACAUAUAUUACCCGGAGUACCGAGACUGUUUGAGAGACUGAUUGAUGGUUUGAAGCCGUCUCUGCUGCCGAGGUUGACGGAUCCAGAUGGUAAGGGCAUUUAUAGGGUAUUGAUAUCAACGCCGCAGCCGGAGAGUGAGGUUGCGUCUUACUUGACGGAGUUGGCGGGGAGGGUGGAGGCGAAGGGGGUUAAGGUGGGGAGUUAUCCGAGGUGGGGGAAGACGAGGAACACUGUUACCUUGGUUGGAAGGGAUCAAGAGUUUUUAGAAAGUUUAGUGCCGGAGGUAGAGAAGAACGUGGAGGGUAAACGGGUAUCUGUGGAAGGAGAGGACGAUGAAGUUGAGGUAUAG